AUGUCGUCUGUGCCUUCACAUGAGUACCUCGCUGAGUCGAGGGGGCCUAUGAUUCGAACUGUCACCUGGCUUUCGGUACUCUUACCAACACUUGUUGUUUCUCUACGCGUUUAUACGAGAGUGGUUGUACGAAAGGUAUUUGGUCUCGAUGAUUGGGUCAUUGUCUUCUCUCUUCUCAUCCUCAUCGCAUAUGGAGGCAUAAUCGAAGCAGCCGUCCAAAAAGGCCUCGGUCGCCACGUCGAAUACAUCCUUACCGCCCAUCCCGAAGAUGCCGUUCCCCUCGCUCUUCUCGGCCAAAUCUCGCAACCAUUCGUCGUUAUGUCGUGCGCGUUAGGCAAGACUUCUUUCUCAAUCAGUCUCAUGCGUCUAGCAGUACAGCCAUUUAUCCAUCGAUUUCUAUGGUUCAUCGUCAUCAGUAUGCUUACGCUGCAUAUCCUCAUUUCGAUUAUCGUCUUUGUUAGGUGCAAGGACCCGAGGACGACUUGGAAUCCUGCUAUUGUUAGUGAGUGUUGGGCUCCUGAAGUCUAUCUGGGAGUCAUGUACUUUAUUGGAGCAUACUCUGCUGCUACGGACUUUAUACUGGCUCUACUUCCGUGGGCUAUGCUUUGGAACCUCAACAUGAAGAACAGGGAAAAGUUUGGUGUCGCCUUUGCUAUGAGUCUUGGAGUCUUUGCCGGCUCAAUCGCCAUCAUCAAAUGCACAAAACUCAAAGCCAACGCCACAAGUCUCGACCCAACCUUUGACGUAGGCGAACUCCUCCUCACAGCCGGUGCCGAAAAUGCCCUCAUCAUCAUUGCCGCCUGUCUUCCCACGCUCCGUCCCAUCUUGCGCAAAGUAUUCCCUUCAACGGCCAAGUCCAGCGAAAACUCCCAUCGGCUCAAGGACAUCUCGAACAACAUCAUGUUUGUACCGAAGAACAAGGCUGGACAGUGGAGUGCGAUUAUCGAGACGGAGGCACAUCCUGAUGGGAAUAGUGAUAACCAGAGUGAUAGAAGUAUACUCAAAGAACAUCGGGGAUGUAGGGAUAGACGGGGUACUAUCGAGUCAGACGCUGGGCCGAUCGGAGAGUAG